AUGGCACCCUCAGCAACCGGAGGCAAGAAGCAGAAGAAGAAGUGGUCCAAGGGCAAGGUCAAGGACAAGGCCCAGCACGCUGUCGUCCUCGACAAGAACGUCACCGACAAGCUUAACAAGGAUGUCCAGUCGUACCGCCUGAUCACCGUUGCCACCCUCGUCGAUCGACUCAAGAUCAACGGUUCGCUCGCACGGAAAGCCCUCAACGACCUCGAGGCCAACGGUCAGAUCAAGAAGGUUGUCGGUCACUCGAAGCUGUCCGUCUACACCCGCGCUGUCGGUGAUGCCGAGUAAAUCAUCCCUUAGCGAAAUGGAAUAGACGCGGACCUCGGUGCUCUUUUCAGCUUUUCAACGACAUUC